UAGACUUCAGCUAUAGUAAGGUGCAUCGUCCGUGCGUUCACGGUUUAUACCAAGAUCCUGUUACCAGUCAGCAUUUUACCGAUCUCUAGUAUUAGAAGAUAAAAAGCGAUAUUUCAGUGAGAAUAACAGAUUUCAGAUAUCGGAACCCACACCUCCCGAAAAGAACAAAGAAUACGGGAAAACAUGAAAAACACCCAAACUGUCCCUGGCUGCCUGACACUUCCCUAUACGUCGCAGAUGACACUUCAGCUACUUGUCCUGGGAGCAUGUCUUUCCGUUGUGUCGCCAUUCGUCUGCCUUCAGAACUACUGCCAAACUGUAAACUGCACAACAGUUACCGAGUUACCUUGCGCCCAGAAUGCCAUCUUAGUGCCAAAUUCAUCAUUCUGUGGUUGUUGCGCCAAAUGCAUCACGCAGCUAAACGAGGGAGACGAAUGUGCUGUGCUUUUACUCCUUGGAGGACCUCCUCCUACCGUGCAGUGCAGAGAUCCGCUUUCCUGUAUCAAUGAGUGUUCACUGGAUCCAUGUUUCAAGUGCUCUGCGUUGGAAAGAGGGGAAUUUUAUCUCCACAGCCCACUGCAUCAGUCACCUCCUUGCCAAAUGUCGGGUGUACAGGAUCAUGUGGACGAUUAACGACCUGUUCACGGCCUUCAGAAUAUUUGCUCUUCUGAACACACACUUCACGUGACAAGGUCUCUUCCACAUAUGCACUUAACCUGCGGAGAAUUUCAGCCGAUUUCACUUGAAGUGUCACCAGAAAACUUUAUGAUAUAGCGUUGUUCUAGUGUCCAACGCCAUUUUGCACUGCUUCUAAUGCAGAAGCACUAUAUGUGUGGAAAUGAGAGUAGUAUUGCCACCAUCAGGUACGAAGGAUAUUUCGUCAUUCUGGUGCAGACACAUUUUGUUAAAAAAAUCCAGGUCAACCUUGAACCACCCUCGUAUUAUAGUUAAAAUUCAUCCAAAUUUUUAAAACAGAAUAUGCACAAAAAAUGGUUGAUGGCUAAACCUUCACAAUGCAGUUGAUUGCAUUGCCAUAUCAUAUUUUGAAAUACAGUAUAUUCAAUAAGUUGAACACAAAUGUCAUUUCCCAGCUUUGCAGGUGGAAUGGCAUGGUCCACUAUCGAACACUACAAGGUCUUUUGCUAUAUAAGCCAAGUACUGUUUCAUAAAAACAACAGAAUCAACUUAUACCUAUAAAAGAGCAGUUCCUGUUGGGAGCUGGGAAGUGAACACUGAGUUAAACUUUGUCAGCGAACACAUUGUUAAAAUAUAAUUUUCAACUACAGGAGCCACAGGGAAAAAAAUAUACAUUUAAUUUCAUCUUGGUACUUGUGUAUGGGUUAUUUACAUUUUAGCAUAGCACUGACAGAAACACUGCAGUACUUAGUGCAUCUUUGAAGGGUGAAACCCACGCCUACUGAAUGCAAGUAAACAUACAUAAUUGAUUUAACAUACAUCACAUGCACACACAAAUUUCUACAUACAAGUGCAAGCAUUCAUAACAAGGAUCAUGUGAUGAGUAUACUAAAACAUUUUGAGUCAUAGUUUUACAUACAAUAAAAUGUUUAGACAUGUAUAACACCACUUCGCUUACAUAUUUCAAUAUGUGUUUCAGUGUGGGAAACAUUUAAAAAAAUUCGGUAUUUAGUUACUCUUCUUCUUCGUGCUCCAGCCAUGUUGACGUGAGGUUAUUUCAGUCAGACAUUUUUUUGCAUUAUAGACAGAAAGGUCCUACCAGCAUAUUUCAAAACAUUUGUUUUUAAGUCACACUUUGUCAGCAAAACAGAGAAGAAAUAUGUCUCCUUGCCGGUGACUCAGUCACCCUGCACCUUUCCUUGUCACACUUUUAUCUCCGGUCAAAUGGGAUAUUUUUUAAUCAGAUCUUACUGGCAUUUAGAGAGAUAUCAGUAGUCAUUUUAGUUGUCAAUCUUUAUAUCUGAUCUGAUUUGUUUAAUGUUUUGGUAGUGAUAGGCAGUACAGUCUUU